AUGCUCGUCGUCAGCCUCAUCUCCACCGCGUACAACGUCGGUGCUGGCCUUCGGGCUGCGCCGCACGCUUCGUCUUCUCGCGCCGCCUCCACUGCUGUCUCGAUGGGAAUGGACAUCUCGGAGCUCAUCGACGACGCGAAGAAGUCGCGACUCGAGCACCUUGAGGCGCAGGCCAUCCAGUCCCUCAAGGUUGCGGUCGAUCAGUUCGAAAAGCCCGUCUUCCCGAACGCGAUGAUCGUGGGCGACUGCGUCAUCACGCACCUGCUGCACAAGAUUGACGCGCUCAAGACGGGCAAGGUCAAGAUCAUGGUG